UUAGGCCGACAUGAGUGGAGGGUAGCAGUAGGGCACGCCACGCAUGUGGCCGCCCGUCGCAUCUGGUGACGAGAGGGGCGCGGAGGGGACUAAAAUUAGUAUCGGCCCGCCACGUGCGCUGCCUGCCGCCUGCCGUCGCGCCGUACCGUGCCGCCUCAGUCCGCGCGCAACCACCACGACUAACGCUCGCUCCGACCCCGCACCAGUGUUUACAAGCGCAUUACCUACGCACCGGUGCACCGGGCUCACAGUGUUACGAGUGACAAUCGGCGAGACGGAGACGGUGCAAGGAAUGUUGAUGGCGGGCGCUCUGCCGGCCGAGCCCGAGGGGCUGUUGGCUCUCAGCGCGCUGCCUGGCCAGAAGGACACCACCUGGACCAAACUCUUCGUGGGCGGCCUCCCUUACCACACCACCGACAAGAGCUUGAGGGAGCACUUCGCCGUGUUUGGCGACAUCGAGGAGGCGGUCGUCAUCACCGACAGGCAGACCAGCAAAAGCAGGGGAUAUGGCUUCGUGAUAAUGUCGGACCGAGCGGCGGCAGAACGCGCGUGUAAAGACCCCAAUCCUAUCAUAGACGGAAGGAAAGCCAACGUAAACCUAGCAAUCCUCGGAGCAAAGCCCAGAGGAAACCUGGCACCUGGUUUCGGUUUGGCGGCGGCGGCGGCUGCUGGCGUACGCGCCGGUUAUCCAACGGUGUUACAAUCUCCAUAUGGGUUGUCACCCGGAUACGUGUACGGCGCGCCCGGUUACGUAGGCACGAUGGGUGGGGUUGGGGCUGGAGUUGGCGCUGGCGCAGGGGGCCUGGUCCAGCUGCCUCAGCUGCAACACGCUGCGGCAGUGGCGGCGGCCAACCAUCUAUAUGAAUACCAAGCGGCGGCCGCGCAAGGCGCUGCGGCUUAUCAGCAGCAAUACGCAGCGGCCGGUUUCGACCCUUACGCCACUGCGGCAGACAUGUAUGUUUCAGCAGCGGCAGCGGCUGCGUCAGGGGCCGGCUACGUUUCACCAUACUACGCGUUACCAGGGGGUGGGGUACAAGCCCCCCUUCUACCCCCUCUUCCGUAUCCUCCACAGCUGCAAGAAGCGAGAAUGCAGUAGAUCUCACAUCGGCUACGUUACCCACACCACAAUGAACUGUAUUUCAACGUGUACAAAGUCCGUUAUCCAAACUAAUGCUUAGGUAUAAGGUCGCGACAAACUUCUUCAGCAAAACCACAGAUAAAUAAAUUUGCGCAUUGGACGUUUUUGUAUGUAAAACUGCUACUGCGCAGGCUUCCUUGUCUAUGGUCGUUGCUCAAGAAGUUUGCUGGGAUGUAGAGAGAGCCUUUAGAGGAAUAUCUCGGACUUAAGCAUAUAAAAUUGUGACGUAAGCCGAUACCAAAAGGGCAUUACGAAGGUGAUAGAUGACAAGUGGCUGUUAAAAUUAUUACUUAUAUAAAUUAACAUCAAAGAUAUAUCUUUCGUAUAAUGCACUGUUUCAGUCAUAGACAAAUGGUGGAAUGGUGACGUUCGUUACCGCAGUAAGCCAAAUAUUUAUACUAAAGCAUAGUUGAUGUCUAGAACUAGUUGAAUCUAUCAACCAAAAAUAUUAAUAAAUGACCAAAGCUGUGAGCUUUUACUUAUAGUAUAAAUGCCUCAACGGCAAAGUUGUACCCAUGGUUAGAUGGAAAUAUAAAAUACGUUAUAUAAGUAAGAGGUACUUACGUCUAGUUACUACGAUAUUUUUAAAUACAUAUAAACUACUUUUAAAAUACGUUACCUACACACCAAACCUAGCCUCAUAAUUAUGUAUUCAACUUCCUGACAUCACACAUAUUUUCCUAUUUUUUAUACUUACUAGGUUAAUGAUUAGAUAUAUUUUUUAAUAAAAUAUAGAUAAAAUUUUCAUUCACUGUCCAAUAUUAAUUAAUUAGUGAACUAGCGCAUAGGAGCAAACAGCUGCUAAAUGACAAUAAAGCUAUUUAAAUAAAUAAAUAAAAUUAUGCUCAUACUUAACUAAUAAACAACCAACCGAAUACUUUGUUCAGAGAGAGAAAAUAAUUAGAAAAUACAUGCGUCUAUUAAAUUUCAUACAAAAGAGGGAAUAAACUUUGCUUAUUCUCAUUCCAUUUUAAGGUAAAAGUCCGAUAUGGACUGCAGACUGCAACCGCAGGCGUCAGUGCGGCUAGCGGCUGCGGUCGACCGCAGUGCUGCCUACGGUAUGCCGCAACUGCACAAUGCAUAGAUCCAUGCCUCAGUCAUUCCAGAACCUUUAUGCGAAACAUAAUUUCGUACAUGACUGGAUGACCAGCAACAAAGUUAAAAUAUUUUUUUCGUCAUCGUCCGAAAACGUCGACAACUUCGUUUCGUACUUGGGAACUGUCUGCGGUUCGCGACAGGCGCUGAAGUCUGAGCGGCGGUCGCAGCCUAUCUCGGACUUGUACCUUUAGAAAAAAACAACCUUUUGGUGAUGUUGUGUUUCUAUUGCUAAGGUUCCUGGGCUCCACGGUAUAGGGGAUUGGGUUCAGAUUGGAAAGUUGAGAAUUCAUGGAUGGAGCUAUUAUUAGCUAUGCCUUUAUAAAAAAAGUUUUGUUCAUUACUAACUGUAGCUUAUUUUAUAAGGCAGAAAAUGUAUCUGCUAUAAAUAAAUUCACAUCAUAGAUUUUCACUUAGAGACGCCAUUAAAUAGUAUGUUUGAUAAAGUGUCGUGUUGUUUUAUUCUAAUGACCGCACUUUAAACAAACUUAUAAUUUAAAUGACGUCUGUGAGUGCGGCUGUUAGGUACCUACAUAACUACAUGCACUACUUCUAUUCUCAACGCUAUGUCCAGCGAUGAUCAAAACAAAAGUAGGAAGGUACCUAUUGAAUAUAAUUAUGGCAGCUAAUAAAUAAACUUUCAGAAUAAUUUUAAAUUCGUAUACGAAUAUUCAUCGCAAGCAUGCGAACUCACUUUAUAUAUUUUAAAUCGACGUAUUUUCUUCCUAGUAAUUUCCAUUUUACGUAGAUUCUAAUUACCUACUUAACAUAUUAUUAAUUGUACUUAUAUAAUGAAGUUACUUAAAAGUUAUUAAUUUAAAUGUAAGUAAACAAAAGUAGGGAUGGUGAUGAUAUGAAGUUUCAAUGACGUUGAUGUUUUAGUUUGUUGAAAAAAAUACCUUUUGCACCAAUGAAAUGUAUGGUUGAAGCGCAAUGCUUGCGGAGUUCAGCAGUGCUAUUCUGUAAGACCAACUAACUUUUCACCUCGGAAUACGCAGUGUGAUUAAAAAUUAGAACACGAAUUUCGUAUAGGUAUAUUUUAAAUCACACCGGCGAAUGCCGCGGUGAAAAGUGAGUUUGUUCUUCUAACAGAGUAGAACUUUUUUAAUGAUUCAGGACCUUAGUUUUUUAUCACAUUUUGCGAUGAUGCACCAAUUUUGGUGCAUUUUUCGGGUACAUAAAAAAGUCUGUAUUUGUACUGGACAAGUUGUGUAACCAUUUGAAGUGAUUUUAUGGAUAUUAUUAUAUGGCAAACUAUAGUAAAAAUUAAAUGCGUAGUGUCCGCAUUCUGAUGUAGGUAAUUAACCUGAGAGACCAUGACACUGACAACGUAAGCUUGAAAAUUAUGGGUAAAUUGCUAUUGAAGAGAUAAGAAAUGCGUCCGUUUGGAUAGGGAUUUGGGAGAUACAAUAGAUUUCAACGAGAUACUUAAUUUAUUAGAAAUUGAAAUUGCCUCUUUUUGGCUGGUCAGUUCAUAAGGAAUUUUAGCUGGCAUUUUGGAAAUGUUUCAGUUAUAUUUUCUUAAUGUUGUUAAGAAAAAACAAUAAUAAUGAGGAAGAAUACUUUUUCAUUACCAGUUUACUCUUUAAACUUUGAGAAAAGAUUGAUAAAUCAGGACAUUUGAUCAUGCGCUGAAAAUUGAAGUGGAAAGUGUGUAUGGUAAGAGUUAAUAUUAUACUGAAAAAAUGGCUAUGGUAUGGAGACGGUUCGCUGUAUAAUUCUAGUUUCUAGGUCUGUAUUAACAUGUCCAUGUUGCUCAAUAGGUCCACGACGGACUUGGUUUAGCUUAAGGUCGAAGGAGAGCAAUAAAGGGCUAAUUAUAAUUUGUAAAAUUUAAUCUUAAGUAUUGUACUUAAAUAUAUCUCAGUGAAAAAAUAAUGUAUGUAGGUAUUAAAGGCCCUUUUGUAUACUAACUAUUGUUCUCCAAAGCGGUAUAGGGUACUUACUAGUUAGAAUAAUUCAAUUACUAGUCCAUGUAAUUUUAAUGUAAUGAUUUUAGACGUUCGCCGAUCGCACUCCCCCUUGUUUAAAUCUAGGAAAUGUAACCUAAAGCUUUUAUUUUUUUUAAGUUGUUUGUUUAGUUUUUGUUUAUUGUUGUUGAUUUUCAGUCCAAUUGAGCACAGACGCUAUUGAAAUAGUUUAAAAUUUUUGGAUUCAAUCUAUAUUUAUCUUCAUUGCAAUGUGGGAAAUAACAAGUAAGUAUAAUCAAAUAUUUUGUGUAAUUGUCCCUAAAAUUUCAAUUUCUCGUUACAUGUGCGAACGUAUAGUGAGACAUUUGGAUAUUAAAAAAAAUAAUUAGUCCAUUUUUUCUAUGCUAUUUUAGACUGGGUCAGAGUCGAUAGAUUGUAAAUCAUUGAGGCUCCAAAACUAAUUAGCAGAUAUAGUGUGGAAUGGCACAGAGGCCCAAACACGAACUUUCACAGAUCCGCUUAGAUUAAAACAUUUUUUGUUUUAAUCUAAGCACCUAUCAUGAGCACCGCGAUAUGAUAUAUUACUCGUUUUUAUCACGCUCAAGUGUCAAAUUACUAUGGAGUUUGACAGUUAGACGCGAUAAAAAAUGUGAUUUAACGUAAAUUGAGGUGCUUAUGCUACGAGGACAGAUCCGUAAUCGUAUCGUCAUCGUUAAAUUUUGUAUGGAAGGAGAUAGUUGGUUUUUUACGUCCGUUAGGGCGCUGCUUAGUUUUCAUACUUUUUUUCUAUUUAUCUAUAAAGGACUUUUGUCUAAAAAGGACACGUCAGUUAUAUUGAAUCUUAAUCUAAAGAUAGAAAAUUUUACUACGGAGCUGUCAAAAUUCGUAUUUGGGUCUCUGUCCUUGAAUUUCUCACGAGCUUCGUGUAAAAGCUCAUAGGGUAUAGAAACAUUUCAAGGGAUCAGAUCGGCGACACAGUACAAGUUAGGGGCACUAGAGUAUAAGAUAUCACUGAAGCUUAGUUGUUAAGGCUAAUCUUAUUGUAAUAUGCUGUUAUUCGUAAUUUAUUUUGUUGAUAUUUGUAAAUCUACAUGUUGAUAACUAUUUAUUAUGUGGAAGAGUAAUAAAAAUUGUUAAAUAUUUAACGACCGGGCCAACUCUACUAUUGGCUCUCGUACACUGAGUUUAAUAACGGUCCGGUUCAUAUAUUAAAAUAUACACAUUAAUAAUAACAUAAAUGUAAGUAGAUUAAAAUUAGGUACAUACUAAAUAAAACAGUAAAACGUAUUAGCCAUAACGGUGGCCAUCUUGCCUUAAUAUAAUAAAAAAUAGUAAUUAUAACAUAUUGUGUACUUAUUCUUUAUACAAUAUUAUAUGGCAUUAACAUCACAUAUCAUUGUAAUCAUACAGGUAUAAUAGUAUUCAGUGCAUUUUCGCACUGUACAGUCCAUUAUAGUGCAUUUCAUUCGCGGUUAAUUAUAAGCACAAUUAUUAUAUUUAUAUGUAUUACAUAUACCUACUUAUAUGAAUGUCAAUUCAUAAUAAAUGAAUACCUAAUAAUUGUUAUAAUUAAUUUAAAAUUAUACUACAAUGUAUUUAAUUUAGGAUAUUAUAAAUAAACAGAAAAUAAAUCUAUAAGGCGAAGG